GCCGAGGCCGGCAGAGCAUCCUGCGCCCCGGCGCGGGGCCCUGCGGUAGCCUCGGGCCCCUCCCCUGGACCUGCCACAGACCCAGUGUGGAAUACAGAAGCUGCCACCAUGACCACCCACGUCACCCUGGAAGAUGCCCUGUCCAACGUGGACCUGCUGGAGGAGCUGCCCCUCCCCGACCAGCAGCCAUGCAUCGAGCCUCCGCCUUCUUCCAUCAUGUACCAGGCUAACUUCGACACAAACUUUGAGGACAGGAAUGCGUUCGUCACAGGCAUUGCAAGGUACAUUGAGCAGGCUACGGUCCACUCGAGCAUGAAUGAAAUGCUGGAAGAAGGACACGAGUACGCCGUCAUGCUGUACACCUGGCGCAGCUGUUCCCGGGCCAUUCCCCAGGUGAAAUGCAAUGAGCAGCCCAACCGGGUGGAGAUCUAUGAGAAGACAGUGGAGGUGCUGGAGCCAGAGGUCACGAAGCUCAUGAAGUUCAUGUACUUUCAGCGCAAGGCCAUCGAGCGGUUCUGCAGCGAGGUGAAGCGGCUGUGCCACGCGGAGCGCAGGAAGGACUUUGUGUCCGAGGCCUACCUCCUGACCCUGGGCAAGUUCAUCAACAUGUUCGCCGUUCUGGACGAGCUGAAGAACAUGAAGUGCAGCGUCAAGAACGACCACUCUGCCUACAAGAGGGCAGCCCAGUUCCUCAGGAAGAUGGCAGACCCCCAGUCCAUCCAGGAGUCGCAGAACCUCUCCAUGUUCCUGGCCAACCACAACAGGAUCACUCAGUGUCUCCAUCAGCAGCUGGAAGUGAUCCCCGGCUAUGAGGAGCUGCUGGCCGACAUUGUCAACAUCUGCGUGGAUUACUACGAGAACAAGAUGUACCUGACCCCCAGCGAGAAGCACAUGCUCCUUAAGGUAAUGGGCUUUGGCCUCUACCUGAUGGAUGGAAAUGUCAGUAACAUCUACAAACUGGACGCCAAGAAGAGAAUCAACCUUAGCAAGAUUGAUAAGUUUUUUAAGCAGCUGCAGGUGGUGCCCCUUUUCGGCGACAUGCAGAUAGAGCUGGCCAGAUACAUUAAGACCAGUGCUCACUAUGAAGAGAACAAGUCCAAGUGGACGUGCACACAGAGCAGCAUCAGCCCCCAGUACAACAUCUGCGAGCAGAUGGUUCAGAUCCGGGAUGACCACAUCCGCUUCAUCUCCGAGCUGGCUCGCUACAGCAACAGCGAGGUGGUGACGGGCUCUGGGCUGGACAGCCAGAAGUCAGACGAGGAGUACCGGGAGCUCUUUGACCUGGCCCUGCGUGGCCUGCAGCUUCUGUCCAAGUGGAGUGCCCACGUCAUGGAGGUGUACUCCUGGAAGCUGGUGCAUCCCACAGACAAGUUCUGCAACAAGGACUGUCCAGGCACGGCGGAGGAGUAUGAGAGAGCCACACGUUACAAUUAUACCAGCGAGGAGAAGUUCGCCUUCGUGGAGGUGAUCGCCAUGAUCAAGGGGCUGCAGGUGCUCAUGGGCAGGAUGGAGAGCGUCUUCAACCAGGCCAUCAGGAACACCAUCUAUGCAGCCCUGCAGGACUUUGCCCAGGUGACCCUGCGCGAGCCCCUGAGGCAGGCCGUGCGCAAGAAGAAGAACGUCCUCAUCAGCGUCCUGCAGGCAAUUCGGAAGACCAUCUGCGACUGGGAAGGUGGACGUGAGCCCCCCAAUGACCCAUGCUUGAGAGGGGAGAAGGACCCAAAGGGCGGGUUUGACAUCAAGGUGCCCCGGCGAGCUGUGGGGCCAUCCAGCACCCAGCUGUACAUGGUGCGGACGAUGCUUGAAUCGCUCAUCGCAGAUAAAAGUGGCUCCAAGAAGACCCUGCGAAGCAGCCUGGACGGGCCCAUCGUCCUGGCCAUAGAGGACUUCCACAAACAGUCCUUCUUCUUCACGCAUCUGCUCAACAUCAGCGAAGCUCUCCAGCAGUGUUGCGACCUCUCUCAGCUCUGGUUCCGAGAAUUCUUCCUGGAGUUAACUAUGGGCCGGCGAAUCCAGUUCCCCAUUGAGAUGUCCAUGCCUUGGAUUCUAACAGACCAUAUCCUGGAAACCAAAGAACCUUCCAUGAUGGAGUACGUCCUCUACCCUUUGGACCUGUACAACGACAGUGCCUACUAUGCCCUGACGAAGUUUAAAAAGCAGUUCCUGUAUGAUGAGAUCGAAGCCGAGGUGAACCUGUGCUUCGACCAGUUUGUCUACAAGCUGGCAGAUCAGAUCUUUGCUUACUACAAAGCAAUGGCCGGCAGCGUCCUGUUGGAUAAACGAUUCAGAGCGGAGUGUAAGAAUUACGGAGUCAUCAUUCCGUACCCACCAUCCAACCGCUACGAAACGCUGCUGAAACAGAGACAUGUCCAGCUGUUGGGUAGAUCCAUUGACUUGAAUAGACUCAUCACCCAGCGCAUUUCUGCUGCUAUGUAUAAAUCCUUGGACCAGGCCAUCAGCCGCUUUGAGAGUGAGGACCUGACCUCCAUCGUGGAGCUGGAAUGGCUGCUGGAGAUUAACCGGCUCACGCACCGACUGCUCUGUAAGCACAUGACGCUGGACAGCUUCGAUGCCAUGUUCCGGGAGGCCAAUCACAACGUGUCAGCCCCCUACGGGCGCAUCACCCUGCACGUCUUCUGGGAGCUGAACUUUGACUUCCUCCCCAACUACUGCUACAAUGGGUCCACAAACCGUUUUGUCCGGACUGCCAUUCCUUUCACCCAAGAACCACAACGAGACAAACCCGCCAACGUCCAGCCUUAUUACCUCUAUGGCUCCAAGCCCCUCAACAUUGCCUACAGCCACAUCUACAGCUCCUACAGGAACUUCGUGGGGCCCCCGCACUUCAAGACCAUCUGCAGACUGCUGGGUUACCAGGGCAUCGCCGUGGUCAUGGAGGAGCUGCUGAAGAUCGUCAAGAGCUUGCUCCAAGGGACCAUCCUCCAGUAUGUGAAAACUCUGAUAGAGGUGAUGCCCAAGAUAUGCCGCUUGCCCCGGCACGAGUACGGCUCUCCAGGGAUCCUGGAGUUCUUCCACCACCAGCUGAAGGACAUCAUUGAGUAUGCAGAGCUGAAAACAGACGUGUUCCAGAGCCUGAGGGAAGUGGGCAACGCCAUCCUGUUCUGCCUCCUCAUAGAACAGGCACUGUCCCAGGAGGAAGUCUGUGAUCUGCUCCACGCUGCGCCAUUCCAAAACAUCUUGCCCAGGGUCUACAUCAAAGAGGGGGAGCGCCUGGAGGUCCGCAUGAAGCGCCUGGAGGCCAAGUACGCCCCGCUUCACCUGGUGCCCCUGAUCGAGCGGCUGGGGACCCCUCAGCAAAUCGCCAUCGCCCGAGAGGGGGACCUGCUGACCAAGGAGCGGCUGUGCUGCGGCCUGUCCAUGUUCGAGGUCAUCCUGACCCGCAUCCGCAGCUACCUGCAGGACCCCAUCUGGCGGGGUCCGCCGCCCACCAACGGCGUCAUGCACGUGGACGAGUGUGUCGAGUUCCACCGGCUCUGGAGUGCCAUGCAGUUCGUCUACUGCAUCCCUGUGGGGACCAACGAGUUCACAGCGGAGCAGUGUUUCGGGGAUGGCUUGAACUGGGCUGGCUGCUCCAUCAUCGUCCUGCUGGGCCAGCAGCGUCGCUUCGACCUGUUUGACUUCUGUUACCACCUGCUCAAAGUCCAGAGGCAGGACGGGAAAGACGAAAUUAUUAAAAAUGUGCCCCUUAAGAAGAUGGCCGACCGCAUCAGGAAGUACCAGAUCUUGAACAAUGAGGUCUUUGCCAUCCUCAACAAGUACAUGAAGUCUGUGGAGACAGACAGUUCCACUGUGGAGCAUGUGCGCUGCUUCCAGCCACCCAUCCACCAGUCCCUGGCCACCACCUGCUAGGCUGACGAUCCUGCAAGCCCUCAUCCCAACAGAGGAGAAGCAGGAGAGAAAGCCACGGCCAGCCUGCAGCAGAGUCCACCUGGACAGCGUGUGGGAUAGACCUGGAAGUAAACACGAACCUCCCCAAACUCAUCCCCACCACGCCCAGGGGCUGGGCUUGUGCAUGCUCUCCCACAACAUCUCCAUGGCAGGUUUUCCAUAGUGUAAAUGAAAAACAAACACAAAGAGGCAGUGUGUGCUUUGCUCCUCUCUAACUGUGUUAGGAGCUCUUAGCGUCCCCUUUCUCUGUUCCAUAGUCCCAGGGUGGCAACCGCCUACCCAGUGUCCUCAGGUCAUCCUAGUCUCACGGCCACACCUCAGCUUCCUGGAUUCUACAUCUCCUCUGUCCAUUCCCUCCAGUUUCCCCGGUGCCAUCUCCUCCUUCUCUGGGUGUUAGGAAUUCCCCUGCCGGGAGUUCGCUUGGACCAGAGGCUGAGAGCCAGGGAGACCCAGAGGUCCCUGGUAUUGGUGUCAUAGAAGAUGGUAUUGGCUCUGGCCUUUCAUAGGCUCCCAACAGCUCCAUCCUAACUCUCCCCUCAAAGCAGUCCUGGACACAAGGCAAAGAUACUUCCCAGCUGUACUGCAUGGAGUGCAACUGGGUGGGGAAGAUGGUCUGGCCCACUGUGCGCAAGUGGCAUUUAUGCACACAGCCAGGAACUCCACAUCUGCAGACACGACCAUCAGCCGACAGCGAGGUGGUGCCUUUGCCCCUUCAGCAGAUACCUGGCAAUAGCCACGUGGGGCAUGGACAUGUCAUUCUGGGCACGGCCCACAGUGUUCGCCAGUCACCAGAUUUGGAAGCACUUCUGGAAUAAAGGACAUCUCCCACAGGAGACAAAGUAUUAAAGGGUUAACCACAGAGGCCCAGAACAUCUUGGGGGGGACAGGGAGGUAAGGAGUGAAAAUUAGGAGUCACCUGAAGAAUCCUGUUGUUUCAGUCAAUUGGAACUUUCCUUGUCCCAACUGUGAAAGAGCCUUUGAAUAUUUCAUCUUUCACUUUCAGCUUGCCGUCCCCUCCAGACUUCUGAAGUUAGAUGUUUGGGAUACGGAUUCUUGAUGGGGGGUAUAUUUAUUUGCAUUUUCCAGACUGAAUCAAAAUAAUUCCUCUGCACAAUCUCCCACAGGUAUGGGGAAACCAUUUGGGAAGACAGAGGCUUUGAGAUAAAAAUGUCUUUUUAGAGAGCACAUCUUCACAGGGAGCCUGUAGGCCUGAGCUUUUCAGAACAUAGAAAGUAUGACAGUUGCUACUUUUGCUCCAGCCCAGAGAGGAAAAGAAUAGGGAGAAAAUGGAGAGAACAAUAAUGAUCCUCUCCCUGUCCCUCUGGGGUAUCUCCCAGAGCAGACAAAUGGAAUUUGUUACCCUUCAUCACAGAGCCCAUUUUUUAACCCCAUGGGAAGAGCAAAGGAAGCACUGGGUGAUGCUGUCUUGUUCUCCCUGAGCAAAAGGGGGCAUCCGGUGUGGUCCGAGGGUCACCCACCCUGUCCUGAGAUGAGGACAUUUCUGUGAUGAUUCCCGAGUGUCACCCAACCCCAAUUCUGAGUCCCUGGGAACAGGGCUAGGAAAUUUGCAUUUUCUACAAGCUAGCCAAGUUGAACACCAAAGUUUGAGAACCAGUGGAGAGAGGAAUCAUUCUGCUAACCGUGGGCUUUGAGCUACCUCCAGGCCAUGAAACAAAGUUAUCUGUAGGUUAGAGAAGGAUCUCCAAGUGCAAAGUGGCAGCUCCUCCCUUUCCAGAGCUGCCACUUGCUAUUUUGAUUUCUUACCUUUUCCUCUUGAAAACCACAGAUUUGUCCCAGAGGCCAAAGAGAGAGGUUACAGCCCAAGGCAGAACGAUAGGGUAAAGCAUGCCUUCCGAACCUGCAUAGCAUCUCUAGGCUCCGGAGCCUUCUGUCUCUUCCAUCCUGUCUUGGAAUGAGAGCUGGCUCUUUGCAGAGAGAGAACUGGUUUUUAAGUGCUAGAGUGCAUCCUAAAUGCUUAGCCAUUGCUUUGUAGCACCACCCAUUUGGUAAGAUUGCCAUCAGCAACCCACGCUUCCCACAUUGCAUUUCUAACUCUGAAGUUGACCCUCUGAACAGUCACAUUAUCCUGCAGAGCCCUGAUCCCAGUAAACGCAAGUCUUCACAUUCAGGAGGGAGGUUUCGUUUCCCUAGCAGCACUUAUUUAUCAAUGCUGGGCAAGUUGAAUUUUUUUUCCCCUCCCUAGCAUUGUUACUGCCUCCUUUUUUUUUCUUUUGUGUGUGCGUGCGUGCGUGCGUGUUUGUGUGUAUGUGUGUGUGUGUGUCUAAGACCCAGGAAAAAAAAGCUGAGGUUUUAAAGUUUUAAAAAAAAUCCUGUUUCAGAAACUGUCAAAUGUACCAUAUUUGUAUUAAGAGUUGUUGGGGAUUUUUGUACAAUGAAUUUACAUUUAUUUAUGGUGACUUAUAUUUACGCUCGUGAUCAGAUAAUGAUGUUAAAUUCUUAAAUCAUAUUUGCUAUGCAGCUGAAGAUGAUAUUUUGAUUUGUAUUUUGGGGGUACCUGUGUUGAGUUGAUAAACAUUUCCAUCUCCAUUAAAACUGCUUCCA